AUGAGUCGUCAGGGCCCCAGCAAACGUUACGAAUCGGAUUCGGAUUCCGACAGCGUGGACAGCGCGGAGGAGGCCCGACGGCGCGACUUGCAGGAGCGGGACGAGUUCGCCAAUCGGCUGAAGAAGCGCGACGAAGACCGCACGCGAAACGUCGUGCAGAACUUCGACAAGAGGACCUACGAGGAGGCGGCGAAGCGGCUGAAGCUCGACCACGCCGGCAGGGACAAGGUGAUAUCGGAGCUUCGCAAGACCUCGAGAUGGAAGUAUUUGGAGAAGAGGAAGGACGAUAAAUUGCAGGAGUUAGAGGCGGAUAUCGUCGACGAUGAGUACUUGUUCGAAGAGGAAAUAUUAACGGAGAGGGAGAAGAAGGAACGCCAGCACAAAAAGGAGUUGUUGCAACUGGCCCAGGAGCAUGAGAAGGCGCGAGAAUUGGAGCGCAUCCAGCGCUACCACAUGCCGAGAGACUUGGGCAAGGACUCGACGGCCGAUUACAUCGAAGUGGACGAGCUCGAAAAAGUCCCCCAAUCCGAGCAGAAGAAAUGGGAGAAGGACCAAAUGGCCUCGGCCGUCUUCAAAUUCGGCGCCAAAGAUGUCAAGAAAACCGACGACUACGAGCUGUUGCUCGAGGAUCAAAUCGAUUUCAUUCAAGCUUUACAAAUGCCGGGCAGCAGUGAAAAAAAAGUCCCGGAAAUAUCCGAUGUGCAAAAGAAGAAACUCACCAUCGAGGAAACGAAGAAGAGCCUGCCGAUUUAUCCGUUCAAAGACGAUUUGAUCGCAGCCGUUAAGGAGUACCAAGUGUUGAUUAUAAAAGGUGAAACCGGUUCGGGGAAGACCACGCAAAUACCUCAGUACCUCCACGAGGCCGGUUUCACUGCGGACGGUAAGAAAAUCGGUUGCACGCAGCCUCGUAGAGUCGCCGCUAUGUCGGUAGCAGCCAGAGUAGCCCAAGAAAUGGACGUAAAACUAGGCAACGAGGUCGGUUACGCCAUCAGAUUCGAAGAUUGCACCUCCGAAAGAACCGUCAUCAAAUACAUGACCGAUGGUACCUUACACAGGGAAUUCCUAUCGGAACCGGACUUGCAAUCCUACAGCGUGAUGAUUAUAGACGAAGCUCACGAAAGAACACUUCACACCGAUAUCCUCUUCGGAUUGGUGAAAGACAUAGCGAGGUUCAGGCCGGAUUUGAAGCUACUGAUAUCGAGCGCCACGUUGGACGUGACCAAGUUUUCGGAGUUCUUCGACGACGCGCCGGUGUACCAAAUCCCGGGCCGGAGGUUUCCCGUGGAUAUUUACUACACGAAAGCCCCCGAAGCCGAUUACGUGGACGCCUGCGUCGUUUCGAUACUGCAAAUUCACGUCACCCAACCGUUGGGCGACAUUUUGGUGUUCCUGACGGGUCAGGACGAAAUCGAAACCUGCCACGAGCUCCUGCAGGAUCGCGUACGACGAUUGGGUUCGAAAGUCAAAGAACUGAUUAUACUCCCGUUGUACGCUAACUUACCGAGCGAUAUGCAAGCUAAGAUAUUCGAGCCGACCCCGCCGGGAGCGAGGAAGGUGAUUUUAGCUACAAACAUCGCGGAGACCUCGCUAACGAUCGAUAAUAUUAUCUACGUUAUCGAUCCGGGUUUCGCCAAGCAGAACCACUUCAAUUCCAGAACCGGCAUGGAGAGCCUGAUGGUCGUGCCUAUAUCUAAAGCUUCGGCUAACCAGCGAGCUGGAAGGGCCGGUAGAGUGGCGGCCGGUAAGUGCUUUAGGCUGUACACGGCCUGGUCCUAUAAGCACGAGUUAGAGGAAUGUACCGUUCCCGAGAUACAGAGGAUCAAUUUGGGAAACGCUGUGUUGAUGUUGAAGGCGUUGGGUAUUAACGAUUUGGUGCAUUUCGAUUUUUUGGAUCCACCUCCGCACGAGACAUUGGUAUUGGCUUUGGAACAGUUGUACGCUUUAGGUGCUUUGAAUCACCACGGGGAAUUGACUAAAUUAGGAAGAAGAAUGGCUGAAUUACCGGUAGAUCCGAUGAUGGCCAAAAUGGUAUUGGCAUCUGAGAAAUACAAGUGUUCCGAGGAAAUCGUCACUAUAGGCGCAAUGUUGUCGGUGAACGGGGCCAUAUUUUACAGGCCGAAAGAUAAGAUUAUCCAUGCAGAUACUGCCAGGAAGAAUUUCUAUCACAUGGCUGGCGAUCACUUGAGUCUUCUGAACGUUUAUAAUCAAUGGAGAGACUCCGAUUAUUCGUUGCAAUGGUGUUACGAAAAUUUCAUUCAACACAGAUCGAUGAAACGAGCCAGAGACGUCAGAGAACAGUUAGUCAAUUUAAUGCAGAGAGUAGAAAUCGAAAUGGUGUCAGGAAUCGAUGAAACGGACAACAUUCGCAAGGCUAUUACUUCCGGAUAUUUCUAUCACAUAGCCAGGUUUUCGAAAGGAGGCAGUUACAAAACGGUGAAGCACAAUCAAAGUGUUACUAUCCACCCGAACAGUGCUUUGUUCGAAACGUUGCCACGGUGGGUGUUGUACCACGAAUUAGUGUUCACGACGAAAGAGUUUAUGAGGCAAGUGAUCGAAAUCGAGAGUAAGUGGCUGUUGGAGGUGGCGCCUCAUUACUACAAGGCCAAGGAAUUGGAAGAUUCUACCAAUAAAAAAAUGCCCAAAACCGUCGGGAGAAGUAAAAUGACUGAUUAA